CAUCAUCACCACCACCACAACCACAACUUCCAUCGUCUUGCCUCCGCAUGGCCUCGUCGUCAUCCUCGACGAGGGCUCGCACCUCGUCCGGCCUCCCACGGGAACCGGUCGGUGGACCCUCCACCUCUUCGCUGCCCCCCGUCACGCCCCGCCGCAAGUACAAGCGCAAAAGCAGCGCUGCUCCUUUGAGCAGCAAGCAGUUCGAUAAGAUGACGCGACAGCUGUUGAUGGUCCAGCAGUCGACGCGCAAGGCCGGUGGAGAUGGGAUUGAGGAAGAAUCAGAGGGAGCGCUGGGUGCCUCCAAUGAUAAUACGCCGCCUGCAGGCGUGCCCCCUGCAGACGUUCUGGCCGCGUUGGACCUCAAUGGGAAUGGGCCUGCGGAUUCGGAUUCGAUCGUUGCACUUGGCCAGCCGGGGAAACAUCGACCUGCAGUUACGACUACCUCAUCGACGACGCGCCAGCUCGGUGAUGGUGCAGUGCAGACUGUACGUGAGACGGAGGAGGUGAAGAGGAGUCAGGUAACGGAGCAUUGGCUGAGGAAGAUCAGAGGGACGGGGACCACGGCUGGGGAAGGGCCAUCCGGGUCUACCAAGGGGCCAGAUGGAUUGAGCAUGGCUAGGGCGGCUGUCAAGGGCUUGCAAGGGAGGAGACAAGCUCCCACAGAUUCGUUCGCGCACGAAGGAUCCUUCAUCUUCAAUCCUCUUGGCCGCAGAGUGCCUAGACAGUCGCCUCGCAAACCAGCAGCACCACCGCCAGCAGACCUGCACCGAUCCAAGACCAGCUCGAGACCUGUCGAUGGUCAGGUCAAUGGCGAAGACGCGGGCGACCUUCAAGCGCUCGACGAUGAUGGCGCAGAGCCUGCGGACGACAUUCAGGCCGAGCCCUCUGGUCUGACCAUGAUGUCCCGCGACGUGCAAGAGGCAGCCAUCAUCGAAGACCUUCUAUACGUCCUCAUGGGCAUCGAGGGUCAAUUUAUCACCUUCGCCCCCGGCUACGAUCCAGAAGACACGGCAUCCCAGCUCCGCGGCCCAACAUACCACGUCGACGCAUCCCUCGACGCAUCCCUCAAAGGUCUCGUGCUGCGCAUCCUCCCGCUUGCCUCGUGCUAUUCGGCCGUCACUGCCUUUGUGGAUUUGGACUCGACGAUGCACUACGGGACGGUCACUCAUGCUCUCUGCGCUGCGAUCCGGACGGUCCUGUGCGACUACGAGGCUCUGCUUGUCAGCCUGGAGCAUCAGAUGGCUACCUCACCGCAAUUCACGCUGCAGAAGCUCUGGCUCCUCAUUCACCCCACUCUGCACAUCUUCUCGCUGGUCUACGCGCUCGUGAGCGACAUCGCCUCCAUCACGCACGCUGAUAUUCUCGAGUCAGACGAUGAAGAGGGAGACUCCGAUGACGACGACGACAGCGACGCGGCGGAGGACGAGGAGAUGAAGGAGGCUCAGGCCGAGCUGGAGAGGGAGCGCAAGGCCCUCUUUUCAGGCCAAGACGCUCAGGCAGAGGGAGGCGAUGAGGACGCAGUGCAAGGUGGCAUUGCCAAGGGCGGCGAGGUGUUGAGCAUGCUCUGGGAUAGGGUGGAAAAGCAGUCUGGCGAUCCACGAGCGCAUCAGCUCUUCCUCGACCUCUUUCACCAAGCAUCUCAGCCUUACGCGCGCAUUCUGGUCACUUGGGUCUCGACCGGCGUACUCGUCGACCCAUACGACGAGUUCAUGGUCUUCGAAGACCAGAAGGUGACUUACGAUUCCCUCAAGACAGAUCCAUCGGAUAUCUACUGGGAGCAGCGCUACACGCUGCGAGAUCAGAACAUCCUUGCGAGCCGGGAGAGAGAGAGGCAAGGCCUGAGUGAGGAGGACUACGAGGCUCGCCUGCAGGAGGACGAGCAGCUCAUCGCCAACGGACGUGGCCUCUUCACCGGCGGGGCAAAGAUCCCCAGCUUCCUUGAGCCUUGGAAGUCCAAGAUCCUCCUAGCGGGUAAAUACCUCAACGUCGUACGUGAAUGCGGCAUCGAUGUGGCUACGGUCAUCCCGCAGCCGCCACCGCCGAGCGAUGCUGAGGGAGCAGACGCGGGCGAGCGCUUCGUCAUGACGUCUGACUCCUUCCUACGACGCAUUGAAGAAGCCUACCACCUCGCCAACACGCAGCUGCUCCACCUCCUCCUCCACGACUACCAUCUCAUCGAACGUCUUCGCUCCCUCAAGCACUACUUUUUCUUCAGCCAAUCCGACUUCUUCUCCUCGUUCAUCGAGCAAGCCGAGCGCGAGUUGCGCAAACUCGUCAACCCUAUGCACGUGCGAGACAGCGUCAAGACGCGACUGCAAACGCACAUGGGCAUGGUACUAGGCAGCUCGGCCGUGGUGGGGUUCGCAGACCCGUACAAGGAGGAUGUCAAGGUUGGCACCGCGCUGGACAAUCCGUAUGAAAGCUUGAAGAGGAUUGCGAACACGCGCGGAGUCAAGGGAGGAGCCGAUGCCGCGGAGGCGAUUGCGCUGAAGGCCAAGAUGAAGGCGAGGGAGAGGGACUAUACCGCGAUUCUCCUCGACGUCCUCGAAUUCGACGUGACGGUCAAAUUCCCCGUCUCUCUCGUCAUCUCCCGCAAGAACAUGAUCCGCUGGAAGUUCCUGCAUACGAUCCUCAUCCAAUUGAAAGUGACCGAGCGCCAGCUAAGUGACGUUUGGCUGGAGCAACAGGCCAAGCACUGGCAAGCGCGCUGCAGCGAUCACCCGGAGCUGGAAGGGUGGAAGAUGCGCACUUUCAAGCUGCGUCAUCGUAUGACCUUCUUCGUCCAGAGUCUGCUGGCCUUCUUUACUGGAGAGAUCAUUGAGCAAAAUUGGGCGCAAUUGGAGAAGAAGAUGGAGGGCGCUCGAACUGUUGAUCAGUUCCUGCGAGAUCAUACGGACUUCUUGAACGAGUGCAGAAAGGAGUGUAUGCUUACGGAUGUGCGCUUUGUUGAGUUCCUCCAACGUCUCAUGAACAGCGCUCGCGUCUUCUACGAGAAUCGCAGCCGGCUCGACGACCAUGUCCUCAUGACGACCUCGGCGUGGGCAGCAGCCAAGGCCUCAGAUGGGCCCGACGCCAGACCUGCAGAGCUAGGUGCAGACAUGUGGCGAGCUCUGGAGAAGCAAGAGAGCAAGUGGGCCAGGGCAAUGAAGGGGUUCAAUAGCACGGUGCAGUUGCUGGCUACUACGGAUAACCCAGCGGCAUUGCCGCUCGCGAUGAGGUUGCAGUCUGCUUGAGUGGACCCGACGUAGACCUUUGUUUUUCCUUCUCUUUGUAAUUGUAUUCUCGAUCCUCUUGCACUCG